AUGGCUAGAACAAAACUCAGCAAAGAAAAACUGGCCCAAUGGCACAACGCUGUGCACUGCAAUCCGCGCCUAUCAAUGGAACAGCAGUUACGAACCAACAAAGAGGUCACACCAAGCCUGGUCGCCCGGGUGAGGGCAUCGUCGACCUGGGUGAGCUGCAGUAUGCUUCUGACACGACAUCCACUCCCCCUAUCAAGAGCCCAAGGCAAGACAGGACCUGCAAAGCCAAAUAAAGAUGAGAAUAUUGGAGGAAAUCAUGCUCAAAUACCCAAGAUCAUUGUCACCACACCAGACGGCAAGCAGUGCGGGCUUGGUGACAUGCCCGUGUGGCAGAAACCUCGUGUAUCAGAAGAGGUUUCAACCAUGUUUGUCAAGUGGAGAGCUCAAGAGUCUCUGAGCCCUCUUGUCGGUGCGAGGAGCAAGACUGGGAAGAGGACUGUAAAGAGAAAGAGGGCGGUGCCUCGUGUUGGAGAUUCUGAGCAACCCUCUCAGCCACCACGUGGGCGUAAACUAUGGGCAUGA